AUGGAUGCCGAUUCCGAAAACGAUUUCAGAGAAUUCCCCGAAUUCCCAAGACGACACAUCCACACAAUCGACACGUGUACUUUUUGCCACCGAGCUUUCUUGCCGGAUAACAUCGAUUCCGAUCUCGACUUCAUCGGCGCAUGCGGCGACUGCAAAUUCGCAUUGCUCGAGAAUCUCGACGCUGCCACCUCCCAUUCCCCGGACGCGCACCGCCGGCACCCCCAAGCAAGACUCAGAACAAGGCACGGAAGCUCGGAUUCCAUCGAGAGCAUGUUCUCCCAACAAUUCUCACAACUCGUCAACCUCGCAAGGCAAAACCAAUCCAACUCCGUGGGCCCCACCAGUUCCCGCACUACACCUAGCGGGUCCCGCCGGUGGAGGAGGAGGACGAGGAGGAGGGCUAUUAUUGUCUCGGAUACCGAGAGCGAGUCGAACUCGAACGUCAGCCUCCUCAGGAGAUACUCUUCUUCUUACAGUCCCUGGGACAGCAAUGACGACGACGAUGACGAUGGCUGGAGUUCAAUCGAGAAUGAGAAUGAAAACGAGAAUGAUAUUUCAUACAGUGACAACACAGAUAUCGACCCGAUGAACGCCGGCCUUUAUCAGUGGAGCUCGGAGUAUGAUGAUGAUGAUGAUGAUGACCCCAUACUGGCGUCCAAUCUGCUCGAGCGGCUGGCGGAGGCCGAGGGUUUGAGGAGGGGGCCGCCCCCUCCGGCCUCUGUGUCUUUCGUGGAGAGCAUUCCGCGAGUGGCGGUUGAGGAGGAAGACGGUGAAGUUUGCGCGAUCUGCAAGGACUCGUUUGUGGGGGGGAGUUUUGCGAGCAGGCUGCCGUGUGGUCACGUGUUCCACUCGCCGUGCAUUCUGCCGUGGCUGAGCGCGAGGAGCACGUGCCCGCUGUGCAGGCGCGAGCUCCCGACCGACGACCGAGAUUACGAGGCGGGGAAGAGGGAUGGAGGUGAGGUGGUGGGCCCACACGGUGUGGGUUAUGGUGGUGAUGUGGACGGGGCUUCGGGAUAUGUUGAAGUUGGGACGAGGGAUAAUCGAUGGUUCUUUCUUGUUGCGCCGAUUGUGGGGAUAAUCGGUGUGUCGCUUAUGUUGUGUCUUGGCGGAAAACCUUUGGGUGGUCACCGGUUCUCAAGGCCGAGGGAGAAUGGGCAGAGGAGGUGGUGGUCAUUUUUCUGA